CUGUGCCAUAUAUAAAUUUUGCUCAAAGAAUCCGACCAUAGUUCUGCCGGUUUUUGUAGUGGGUCUGUUGUUUUAUAAUUUUUGUGUAAAGUUUCCGAAAAUGUGCGCGCGAGUUGCAAUUUUACUAUGUUUGCUUGGAGUGGCCUGUUCAGCAUUAGCUGUUUCAAUCACCAAAUGCAAAAUAGACGACGUCAACUGCAUGCGUCUAUCCGCUCAAGCCCUCGUGCCAAUUGUAGCUGCCGGUCUACCAGAGUAUGACAUGAAGCCUCUUGACCCGCUACCCAUCUCCAAGAUAGAUGGAAGCUCUCCAGACUUGAAACUCAUAGCCUCAGACGUGGUUGUCACAGGAAUGAAAGGAUGCGAAGUCCAACGUAUAUCGCGGGUUCAGUCUAAAGUCGACGUGGGCUUACUCUGUUCGGUGAAAGUGGAAGGGGAAUAUGAGAUUAAAGGGAAAAUCCUCAUUCUUCCUCUAGAUGGAAAGGGAAAAUUGACUGUCUCUUUGACAAAGUUCCUUAUCAACGUACAGACUGUACUCAAAGAAGAAGAACUAAACGGUAAGAAGCACUGGGGCAUAUCCAGCUGGGAUUACAACUACGAUCUGAAGGAGCGCGCCAACAUUGAGCUAACUAACCUGUUUGCUGGAAGCGAAAAACUGACUGAAGCCAUAAGAGAAUCUCUUGGGGAGAGUGCCAACGAGAUCGUCAAGGAGGUCGGCCCUCCCAUCAUCAAAGCUAUAACGGGGGAGGUGAUAGACUCCAUCAAGCACUUCUUCCACCACGUGCCAGUUGAGGACCUGAUUAUUGAAUAAGGAAGAAUGAGAUAAAAGUAUUACUAUUAUGUUAACGCUACGUUUUGUUUUUAUAUAGAGGUACGACAGAAACCGCUUGCAGAUUUAAAACGUAAAUGGCAUUUUCUAUUUUUUCUUUUACACUGUGUUUUGGUUGUGAACUCUCAAAAAAAGUUAAAGACAGAAAGAUAAAGGUAAUAAGAUAUUUCCUGUGACAUGAUGUAGGUAUAUAAAUUUUAUUACAUAUGUGAUUACCAUUAAACAGAUAUUUGGUAUUUAAAUUAAGCUUAUUUAGGUCAAUAGGUUUUUAUGCGAUUUUAUAAAGUAAAACGAGUCCAAUUAGAAAUAAUUUUAACUCGAAAUUUGAACUCUAUAAAUUCCUCUGUAGAUUCAAGGUGUAUUAAUAGGUGUAGGUGUAAGUGACUCUCAUUUCAACAAGCCAAAUAAACUUGGGAUUUUAAUCAGGGUAAGGUUUUGUUAUUUUUAUUUCUUAGAUAAACAAUCACAUAAAA